AUGAAGGCAACAACUUCGACACCCUGUCCUGCCUGUCCUGAGUUUGUGUGUCAUUUCGGAUACAACUGUGCGGUGAAUGUAUUGACGCGAAAAUUCUGUAUUAAAUGCAGACUUAAUAAGUGUCUCGCAAUGGGAAUGAAAAAAGAUAUAAUACUGAAUGAAGAGGAACGGGAGGCUCGGUACCAGAAAAUACAAAUGAAUCGCAAAACUCGCAAAACAAAGGACUUAUCAAUGGAUGAGACCAUAGACUCGAAGACAACGACAUCGAGUGAUAGGCAUUCAGAUGAGACACUUAGCCAUACGUCCCAUACAGACACCACUUCACCACAUAUUCACUACACAGACAUCACAUUCCAUACCAAACACACCAAUGAUUACCGCAAACACAGCACAGACUCACAGACCAUAGACUUCUCGGACCUCAUGACUGACACCAAUAUAUCUGAAGGACAGUCACCAUCAGACCUACCUAUCCAUCGACCGCUAAUGGACUACAGAAACCAAUUCACGGAAUUAGAGGGCAAUAAACUACAGGAGCUACAGCUGGCGGCACAGAUAUUCCCUGAACACCGGGUGCGCACCUAUAGCCUGAUGCCGGCCGACCAGGACUACUGCCUAUGGAUUGUAAUGCCAUUGAAAUUAGAGCAACAGUUGAGACGUAUUGUGAAAAUGUCUAAACAGUUGACACAAUUCAACAGUAUUUGCGAAAACGAUAGGAUUUCCCUCAUUAAGUAUGGCUUUCUCGAGCUGUUUUACAUCCGAUCCGUACCCAUAUUUAAUUGCCAAAAUGAUACCUGGACAUAUGUUAUGGAUUACGAGAACUCCGUUACGUUUAGUUUGGAUAUAAUGAGAGACUUUCCGUUAAAUGAAUGGGAUCGGGAUCAAUUGAUACUCGAUUUGUUAACAGCCAUCAUACUGUUUAAUCCGGAGCGACCUUACAUUAGGCAUAAAAAUACUGUAAAAUUUCAACAGCAAAUAUACAUGUAUUUACUGAAACGCUAUCUACUAUUGAAAUAUCGCACGGAAUCGGAAUCGAGUGAUAAAUUCCGGACACUUAUGCAGUGUUUACACGAAUUGUAUGUAAUGGCCGAAACUAAACGUACCUUGGUCUACCUCAAUUAUAGCGCUGACAAAGUGCCCUCGUCAAUGCUUCGGGAGGUGUUUGAGAUUAAGUCUAAGCAGGAUUAUGAGCUCAAUGUACCUGGCAAUAUUUCGUGUCAAUUAAAUAAGUAGCAUAAUAAAUUUGUUUUUAUUUUUA